UUAGCGUGUAGUGCGCCUGCGACGCAAAUCUGCCAUAAAGCGUUAGGACAAGUGCACGCAGGACAGUUCAUUCACUGCUGCUUAUUUCAGGUGGGAUCCGCUACAUAUUCUUCUCGGCCGGAGCUUUUACCGAACGCAAAGAUGCCGAUGUUCGUCGUGAGCACGAAUGUCUCCAAAGACGCCAUUCCUGCGUCCCUGUUGUCAGAAGCCACCCAGGAGCUGGCGAAGGCCAUGGGGAAACCUGCGCAGUACAUCGCUGUGCACAUCAACGCGGACCAAACCAUGAUGUUUGGGGGGAAGUCGGACCCUUGUGCUCUGUGCUCCUUGCACAGUAUUGGGAAGAUAGGGGGGCAGCAGAACAAGCAGUACUCCAAGCUGCUGUGUGGACUCCUCACCAAACACCUGGGUAUCUCCGGAGACAGGAUCUACGUUAACUUUGUUGACAUGGAACCACAGAACGUGGGAUGGAACAGCUCAACCUUUGCCUGAAGGAUCAGAAUUUCCUGUAGCUUCCUCUCUAUAUCCCUUGCACUUUUACAUUCUGGCACUUGCAACAAGAAAUGUUUAGCAAUCCCCAUUACAGAACAAGAUGAGUAUGCUUCUCACGUUGCACUGUCUACAUGCUUCAGCACUGUAAUAAAGUUUUCCAAAACCCACCUGA